CAAGACGUAAGUCAAUUGAAUAUAAAGUAUUGAGGCAGUCAAAAACCAAGAGCAUUAUGUUUUUUAAAUACUUUGUCAUAUCAGUAUUUGCUAUUCAUACUUUUUUCCAAAUUUGUGGUGCAAGUAAAUUUAAUAUAAGCCUUUCAAAUUUGGCAACUUGCGAGGAGUAUUACAUUAAAUCGAGAGGGUACACCUAUGCAGAUUUUUUCAAUAUUAACUCUAUGAAAAAUGGAAAGACGAAAGACAACGAGCGUUUACAUUUGAAAUUCUACGUGAUGACUUCAAUGGACGCUCACAUUUUGCUCUCGGAAGUGGAUAAUCCCCGAAAACUUGAUCGCGUUUAUGAAAUUGUUCUUGGUGCUGGUGCUAAUUCAUUUUCAGCAAUUCGUUUGAUGAUGUCUCGAGAACGAGUCACAACGAUCUUAGCUCCUGAUCUCUUAUCAGCUUUAGAUCCAAUGCCAAUAGAAAUAAUUCAAACAAAGGACGGUAUAUUGCUAGUUAAUAUUCCUGGUUUUGCAGAGCCUCACUUAAAUUAUACAGAUGAAAGCCCGUUGAACAUCCGGUUUGUAAGCUUUAGUUCCUAUGGAAUAAUUUCUGCUAAAUGGUUCUAUGAUUGCCAAUUCGAUGGAUUCUUUGGAGAAAUGGAAAUGGAAAACAGACCUCUUAGCAAUGAAGAGCGUCUUAAAGCGGAUAUUCUUAACAUGACCGAUUCAGAUGUACCACCGCCAAAAGUUAAAGAGAUUGAUUUUGCAUUCAAAGUUCGUUCUGUUGAAUUUGAUCAGCGAUCAUCAGUUUUAAGUAGCAGACUACAUUUGAUGAUGAACUGGACUGAUGAUAGGAUCACUUGGAACCCAGAAGAAUACGGAGGUCUUCAAUUUAUAGUACAGCCACUGUUUGAUAUUUGGCAUCCUGAGUUGAAUAUUGAAGAUGGGGCUUUAGACACUUUUAAAAAAUUUCACCCGUUCUAUAGUCUUAAAAUUGACUACACAGGAAAUGUUAAUAUGCUCGCUAGAAACGCCGAGUUGCAUUCUUGGUGUUUUGAUGUAACUGAAGAUUGGCCAAAUGAUGUAACAAACUGUGAAAUUCUAUUGGGAGUGAAGAAUGACAAUGUUAAAUUGUCUUAUGACACUUUAUCUCCGAUAUCGGAAACCAUUAAUGAGUUAUCGGAAUGGGUAAUUGAGAAAAUUACCGUUAUGUAUGUUACAUACGAAAAAGCUAGCGAAGGAAACGAAAGCAGCAAGUCACCAUCAAUGGCAUACUUGCAGUCUAUUGAAGGUGACUUGAAAAUAAAAAUGACAAUUAGUCGAAACAGUAAUUUUUACCACUGUGUUUUCACAGCACCAGCUUUAGUUUCAGAAUUGCUGAUACUACUAUCAUUUUUCUUAAAAAAGUCUAAAAGAGGAGGUCUUAAUCUUGUAGCGUUAGUGGUUGUUUCGCUGGCUCUAAUGUUCGUUGCAAAACAUGCCCCACCAAUUACAACUCCUGACAUAAUGACGGUAUAUGAAAUAAUCACGAUUGCAUCAACGGCCACCUUUAUUUUGCAUAUUUUGAUCAUUUGGUUCGAAUUAUACCCACCUAAAAGUCAGCCCCAGCAGAUUGUUACAAACGUUAUAAACUGGUCACCGCUUAGAUUUAUUCUUGGGAUGAAAUUUGAAGAUUCUGCUGCAUACAUUAAUGCUCAGGAAUAUCCAUGGAGAGAAAUUGCAAAAAUGCUUAAUCGUUUAACUUUCAUUAUUUUAUUUAUUAUUUUUCUAUCUAUUAAUUGUAUGAUUUAAAAACUUUCAUCGCCCAAACUUAAGAGGUGUUAAUAAUCUACCGAUGUUUAGCCGUUACAUGUUACAAGGCCAAGGUCAUUCGACUUAAAAUGAUCCACACAUAUGUAUGUAUUCAAAUUUCACCAAAUAGUAAUAAUUGUUGCUUAAAAAUGUAAAUGUUAACGGACUUAAGUGUAAUUUUAAGGUUUAUCAUAAAUAUUCUCUUUUUAACGAUAAAGUGAACCAAAUAGGCACUUUAGUGACUUUAAGAAACAAAGGUAUUUAAAUUUGGCUUAUUCAGGUCUACAUUAAAGAACUGGACUUAAGAAAACCUAUCUUAAGUCUUAACCAACACUUAUACUUAUAAAUACAA